CAGAAUGUAUUAAAAGAUCUUGAAAGUUAAACAACCUGAAUUAGAUGAGUUAAUAUUUAAAGGGGAGAAUUUAAAAGCAGAAUCACAGACUGAAUAUGAAAGACAGGCCUUGCAGGAAAAAAUGAGUAAGUUGAGGGAACAUUGGAAUGAUUCCGUAUCCAGGGCUUCCUCUAGAAAAAAUCAACUCAGUAACAUGUUAGAAGAAUCGCAUCAAUUUCAUGAAUUAAAGGAUGAACUUUAUAACUGGUUGGCAAAAAUGGAGUCUUUGUUAGAAAAUAAUGAAGAUGUUGGACAGACUGUUGAUGUAUUAGAAAAUCAAUUGGAUAGGCAUCGGGCAUUUAUGGAUGAAGUAGACCAGUGGAGACCAUGUGUUGAUACUGUCAAUGAAUCUGGGCAUAAAUUAAUAACUGAAUACUGUACAGAUGAUACAAGCAAAAUACGGCAAAUACUGGAAAAUUUGAACCCAAGAUGGAAAUACAUCACCUCAGAGUAAGUUACAAAUGAA